AUGGCGCAGGCAUACCCAAAUCGUGUCGUGAAAUUCAACUCCGCCAUUUCAACUUUAUUCCUCUUCUUACUCUUACUCAUAAUUCCAUGCCGCAUAACCGCAGAAUGCUACACAUCCAUCUUCGCAUUGGGCGACUCACUUACAGACGUAGGAAACCGGGUUAUUCUCUCAGACGAUCCUGCUAAUGACCUUCACAUGGCCUAUCCUUAUGGAGAAACCUUCUUUCAUCAUCCCACCGGCCGUUGUUCCGAUGGUCGUCUCAUCAUAGAUUUUAUAGCGGAGUACUACGGACUGCCAUAUAUGCCUCCAUCAGCUGGUGUUAUGAUGAACGGCGGCAUAAACGGGUCGGAUAUUGAGGGAGGUGUGAAUUUCGCGGUCGCCGGAGCUGCUACAGUCGACUCGGCGUUCUAUGAAGAAAGAGGGAUAAACAAUCCCAAUACGAAUUGCUCCCUCAGAGUUCAGAUGGGAUGGCUCAAAGAACUGUUGCCAUUUUUCUGUGGCUCACCAUCAGAAUGUCACGAGAGGCUAAAAAGCUCACUAUUUGUGGUGGGACCAUUUGGGAGUAAUGACUAUCGUAAUGGACUUUUACAAGGAAAAGAUAUAGAAGAAAUAAGAUCAUAUGUCCCUAUAGUUAUCGGUGCAAUUAGCGAUGCCAUCAAUGAUUUGAUUGAACUUGGCGCAAAGACAAUCAUGGUGCCCAGCACGUCUCCAGAUGGUUGUCUAGCCAGUGUCCUCACUGAUUUUGAGAGUAGCAACAAGGAAGAUUAUGAUGAAGAUUGUUGGAAUAGGUGA